UCGGCCACACUACGCUAACGUUGAGCUAAUCGCGGAACAAGAAAUUUCGGUUGGAAGUGGGAGUAAUGUGCGGCCCACAAAAAAAGAGGAAAAAAUUGGGAUACGUGCUGCCGCUGUAGCAGUUGUGCAAAGCCUCAAAAGUGUCAUAUAGCAAAAGUCGCACUGGAAUCGUUGCAGGGCUUGCAAGCGUCGCCGUUACCACAAUAAUACUCACCAACACAGAUUACUAAACACGAGAGAAACAAAAAAAACAACCAAGAAAACAAAACGAACGCGCGGAGGACGUGGAGGAGGAGGAGGAGCAGAGUCCAGACUGAAACCGAGACCGAGACUGACUGAGAUUGUUGCACCAUGGUGGCCGUGGGCAGCCUACACAACACGCGCAUGCUGCGCUUCUUUUUAGUCCUAAUCGUGGUGAUCCUCACCAUCUUUAUCUACGCCUCGUAUUCCACAACGGCCACCUUAACGCAGAAUCAUGUGCAUUCGGCGGCAUCGCCGCCCCAGCAGCUGAUCGGACCGAAUCCCAUGUUGGUCAUCAAUACCACAGACAACAAGGAUUACGUCCAGCCAGCUGGAGUGGAAACUGCGCCCAAAGUCUCCAGUAGACAGCCAACGGUACAGCAGCAGCAGCAGCAACAGAUUCUGCCGCUGGAGGUGCACAGAAAACAUGUACAGCACCGGCUGCCCACCAUCGAUGAGGAUGCCCUGCUCGAUGGUGGCUCUGCCGGCGCCAGUCCCCAGUUAGGUGGAGCUGCCGAGCAGACGCCCAAUGCCAUGGCGGAUGAGCUGCUGCUGGAGGAGCAGCAGUAUGGCCAGAGCGUUGAUGGCAUCACAGGCAACAUAAACAGUAGCAGCAAUAACAACGUCAAUAACAACGGCACCGGAGACGUGCUUGUUGUCAGGCAAUCAGCCGUUCCCGCCUUGCCGUCAUCCCAACAACAACAGCAGCCGUCCCAGGUCCAGGCAGGGCAAUCCGAUGCCGAGGUUCUCAUACCUACGUCCAAUUUGCAAAAGUUUAUCGAGAAUGCCGAUAAGAUACUGAAGAACAUCACCUCGAGCAGCGGCACGGGCAAUGGAGUUGCCGCUGUCGCGGCCACCGGAAAUGACCAGAAUACGGACAAAGGCAUUCAGCAGCAAGCGGAGGUGGCACAACCCAAUACGGGGGAAAUCUCUGAGGCGGAGCAGCCGUCGGAAUCCAAGGUGAUCCAGGAGAUCAAGGAGGCGAAAAAAGAAGCAGCUACAGCACCAGCCAAGUCCGUCAAGCCAUCUGUGCCUAUUGCACGGACAACGAAAGGCAGGGGAGCAGUUUCCAAGGAGUCGAGUGCUCCGGUGGAUCCCUCCAAGGGCGUUAUCGCCGAGAAACUGUAUGAACAGGGACAUCUGGAUGAUGAAAUCGACGCGGAAAGAAUAUGCCCAAGGGGCGGAGAGUUCAUCAAACUAAUGGUCCUUAUUAGCUCUGCGAUGUCGCACGACGCGGCCAGGAUGUCUAUUCGGCAGACAUGGAUGCAUUACGGCAGCAGGCGGGAUGUGGGCAUGGCCUUCGUCCUUGGCCGCGGCACAAACGAAACGCUGAACAAGGCGCUCACCCAAGAGAACUUCAUCUACGGGGAUCUGAUACGCGGCAACUUCAUAGACUCGUACAACAACCUCACCCUCAAGACGAUCUCGACGCUGGAGUGGGCCGACCUGCACUGCCCAAAAGCGAAGUAUGUGCUCAAGACGGACGACGACAUGUUCAUCAAUGUGCCCAAGCUGCUGACCUUCCUCGACAAGCACAAGGACAAGCGCACCAUAUACGGCCGCCUGGCCAAGAAGUGGAAGCCCAUCCGCAACAAAAAGUCCAAGUACUACGUGUCCGUGGAUCAGUUUGCGGCGGGUGUCUUUCCAUCGUUCACCACCGGCCCGGCCUACGUCCUCACCGGCGACAUCGUGCACGAGCUGUACGUGCGAUCGCUGAAGACGGUGUAUCUGAAGCUGGAGGACGUCUUUACCACGGGCAUCGUGGCCAAGAGCCUGGACAUCAAACGGGUGCAGGCCAAUGAGUUUGUCAAUCGACGCAUCUCGUUCAACCCGUGCAACAUCCGCAACGCGAUCAGCGUGCACAUGAUCAAGUCCAACGAACAGUUCGAUUUGUGGAAGAAGCUGCUGGACCAGACCACCAAGUGUAAAUAGUAUUUUAAGUUUAGGGUUUAGAGUAGCGACAGGAGGAGCGAAGAAGGGUGGUAUGAAUAGAGAAUGAUUAGCCAAGGCAGCUAUUAUAGAAUUAUAGAGUUAGCAUUAGUCACUAAGUCCUAGGAAUACUUAUCACAAAUUACGCUGUCCGCGAUCCCAGCAUUCCGCCUAAGUGCUUGCGGUCCCGACAGCGCAUAAUUUUAAAAAGGAUUUGUAGUUUAAUUUUAGCAUUCUGAAUGCCAUUAUUUAAAUGAUAAUUACUGAGCGAUAACUGUGGUUACAUCUUAAACACUAAAUACAUGAAUGUAUAUCGAGAGAAAA